GCCGCGUUCACGCACGUCCAUGGGCCAGUCAGUGGCCAAAUGAACAUGUCGAGACCCGAGACUGUCGACGAGAAGCAGGCGGCGCCGAUCGCGCCAUUCCAUCUCGCCGUGCCGAUUCACAGCAUGAAAGAAGCCAAGCACUUUUACGGCACCGUCCUCGCGCUCCAGGAAGGGCACGGCACCGCUCAGUACCAGAUCUACAACAUGUGGGGACACCAGCUUGUGGUGCACGACGCCGGCCCGACGUACCGGUGCGUCGACUUGCCCGUGGCCCAUGAUGAGAUCCCGAUGCCUCAUUUUGGCGUCUGCUUGAGCGUCCCCGAGUUCCAGUGGCUCGCCAAGCAUCUCACAGCCCAGCGUGUGACCUUUCACAUCAAGCCCCACGUGCGCUACGCAGGCACUGCAGGCGAGCAGUGGAAGAUGUUUUUAAAAGAUCCGAGCGGCAACAACCUCGAGUUCAAGGCGCUGCGCGACGCGACCAAGCUGCUCGCCAAGUACGACGUCUAGCGUACCGGUUGUUCGUGCUAGAGAUAGAGAUACAUACCUCGUCUCGACGGCAUAUAACGUGUGGAGAAUAUGUCAUAUCAAAAUUUGU